AUGGAAGUUGUCGACGAAAUCUGUGAUCUUUUGCAGUCCCAUUCAAAUCGUGAUAAGAUCGUAUCCUUAACAAGCUACGUACUGAAGCUAUGGGGAUCAACGGCCAAACGAAAAGACAUUUUAACUGCCAGCGCGCGUAUUGCUGCGGCCCGCGCCACCUUGCGGCUAUUCGAUGACGCGGCUGCAAUCAAACUCGCACUAGCCUAUGGACUUGGUAAACAGGAUGGUUCGUUUUGGGGUAGCCUCGGUGUGGCGAACAACGCUUUCACACUAACAUACCUACAGUGCGAGAAGAUUGUCUGGUUAAUCGACACAGGCGUGCUGGUUGUCUCGCCGGACUUUGACUUUAAAGUGAAGACAGCGCAUAAGCUUUUCUGGUCAUUGUCUGCGUUCGUGGGGCUCAUCAGAUCGAUCCGUGGUCUUCAAGCCAGCUCUCAGCUCCUGAAGUCCUCUGAGCCUCCCAAAUGUGCAUCGGCGCGCUUUACACAAGCUUCUCUGGCUACAACUAAGCUCGUACUGGAUGUAGUUCAUGCCGUAAGCUGGCUGCCGGCUGGGUGGCUUUGGGGCGGGAAACUAAGCGCUCAGCAGGCUAGUAUCGUGGCCACUACAUCAGCUGUACUUAGUCUUAUGGCUCACUAUCACGGGAAGAGGUUGCAACCACGCUAA